GAUGUGAUGUGAAGUUAUUGUGUAUGAAGGGGGAUGGGGGUGAUGUGUUGGUAUGAUGUGUGAGGGGGCUGGGGACUGAUGGGAUGUGAGGGUAUUGAGUGUGAGGGGAGUUGGGGGCUGAUGUGAUGUGAUGUGGGGGUAUGAUGUGUGAGGGGGUCUGGGGUCUGAUGGGAUGUGAGGGUAUUGUGUGUGAGGGGAGUUGGGGGCUGAUGUGAUGUGAGGGUAUGAUGUGUGAGGGGGGCUGGGGACUGAUGGGGUGUGAGGGUAUGAUGUGUGAGGGGGGCUGGGGACUGAUGGGAUGUGAGGGUAUGAUGUGUGAGGGGGGCUGGGGACUGAUGGGAUGUGAGGGUAUGAUGUGUGAGGGGGGCUGGGGACUGAUGGGAUGUGAGGGUAUGUGUGUGAGGGGAGUUGGGGGCUGAUGUGAUGUGAGGGUAUGAUGUGUGAGGGGGGCUGGGGACUGAUGGGGUGUGAGGGUAUUGUGUGUGAGGGGAGUUGGGGGCUGAUGUGAUAUGAGGGUAUGAUGUGUGAGGGGGGCUGGGGACUGAUGGGAUGUGAGGGUAUGAUGUGUGAGGGGGGCUGGGGACUGAUGGGAUGUGAGGGUAUGAUGUGUGAGGGGGCUGGGGACUGAUGGGAUGUGAGGGUAUGAUGUGUGAGGGGGGCUGGGGACUGAUGGGAUGUGAGGGUAUGAUGUGUGAGGGUAGCUGAACAUUGCCUGUGGUGUUCUUUGUGUUACAGAAGCUGGUGGAUGUCAACAUGGAUUGUUUCAUAUCUGGGCUGGUAAAAGCAAGGUGGACAGAAAGGAAAUCAAAGUAACAGGAUGGAAACUACAAACAUAAACUGCUGGUGUUUGACUAGGGCCUGCUACAGUAGCACAAACAUAAACUACAGGUGUUUGAAUAGGGCCUGCUACAGUAGCACAAACCUAAUCUACAGGUGUUUGACUAGAGCCUGCUACAGUAGCAUAAACAUAAUCUACAGGUGUUUGAAUAGGGCCUGCUACAGUAGCAUAAACAUAAUCUACAGGUGUUUGAAUAGGGCCUGCUACAGUAGCAUAAACAUAAUCUACAGGUGUUUGAAUAGGGCCUGCUACAGUAGCAUAAACAUAAUCUACAGGUGUUUGAAUAGGGCCUGCUACAGUAGCAUAAACAUAAACUACAGGUGUUUGAAUAGGGCCUGCUAUGGUAGCAUAAACAUAAACUACAGGUGUUUGAAUAGGGCCUGCUACAGUAGCACAAACAUAAUCUACAGGUGUUUGAAUAGGGCCUGCUACAGUAGCACAAACAUAAUCUACAGGUGUUUGAAUAGGGCCUGCUACAGUAGCACAAACAUAAACUACAGGUGUUUGAAUAGGGCCUGCUACAGUAGCACAAACAUAAACUACAGGUGUUUGAAUAGGGCCUGCUACAGUAGCACAAACAUAAACUACAGGUGUUUGAAUAGGGCCUGCUACAGUAGCACAAACAUAAACUACAGGUGUUUGAAUAGGGCCUGCUGCAGUAGCACAAACAUAAACUACAGGUGUAUGAAUAGGGCCUGCUACAGUAGCACAAACAUAAACUACAGGUGUAUGAAUAGGGCCUGCUACAGUAGCCCAAACAUAAACUACAGGUGUUUGACUAGGGCCUGCUACAGUAGCACAAACUUGAACUACAGGUGUAUGAAUAGGGCCUGCUACAGUAGCACAAACAUAAUCUACAGGUGUAUGAAUAGGGCCUGCUACAGUAGCACGAACAUAAACUACAGGUGUUUGACUAGGACCUGACUAGGACCUGCUACAGUAGCGCAAACAUAAAAACACAUCUACAUUUUCAGUCGGCUUCUUCUGUGUUUCAUUUAAGCAAACAAUCUAUUAUUAAACAGGUUCACAGUUUUAAUAGUUUGCGGAGAAAGGGAAAUACUGGUGUUCAGACUGCAUUGUUUUGUUCUCUCACACACCAGCACGGUUACUGUAAAGCAUUGUCUUGUUCUCUCACACACCAGCACGGUUACUGUAAAGCAUUGUCUUGUUCUCUCACACACCAGCACGGUUACUGUAAAGCGUUGUCUUGUUCUCUCACACACCAACACGGUUACUGUAAAGCAUUGUCUUGUUCUCUCACACACCAGCACGGUUACUGUAAAGCGUUGUCUUGUUCUCUCACACACCAGCAUGGUUACUGUAAAGCUUUGUCUUGUUCUCUCACACACCAGCACGGUUACUGUAAAGCUUUGUCUUGUUCUCUCACACACCAGCUACUGUAAAGCACCGGUUACUGUAAAGCAUGGUCCUGUUCUCUCACACACCAGCACAGUUACUGUAAAGCAAAGUCUUGUUCUCUCACACACCAGCACGGUUACUGUAAAGUAUUGUCUAUUCUCUCACACACCAGCAUGGUUACUGUAAAGCAGUGUCUUGUUCUCUGACACACCAGCACGGUUACUGUAAAGCGUUGUCUUUAUCUCUCACACACCAGCACGGUUACUGUAAAGCGGUGUCUUGUUCUCUCACACACCAG